GGGGGGAUUCUUGUGCAUCACUGGGUGAAAUAUGGAAUGUUUAUGUACAAAAAUUUGCCUUCAUCUGGUUUCUUUUGAAUUUUGGUCUGAGCUGAGUGUGCACCUACUACAGCAUCUAAGAGAAGAUCAUUUUAUCUUCACCAACAAAGUAAAGAAGCAACACACAGGACCAGGAUGGAUCCAGCUCGGUUGUUUCCAGUGUCCCUGCAACACCCCAACCUCCACCAACACCUUCAGCAGCAACACUGGCAGCACCUUCAGCAACAGCAGCUGUCUCCUGUGAGCUCAGCUGCAAGGGUAAUUCCAUUUGUCCCCAAAAUAAGAGCUACAGAAUGGCAAAGAAACAGAGUAGACUGUCAUCCAGGAAAUGAGCAGCAUGCUGUGCAGCAUCUCCCAGCCCAGGUGGACCCCUUCCAAAUCCUCCUGCCAGCUGUCUACCCGCCUCCGCUCCACCUCCAGCCUUUAUCGCCUGGUGAGCCCCUGUAUAGGCCCUACUCUUCUCAACAGUCCUACUGGCUGCCCAUGCCCACCUACAGUUACAACGCCCAGCCUUACAUACAGCUGCCCUUCAGCUCCUUGCCAGAGGUCAGGUCCAGGCCCAGGCACCGCCCACCAAUUCUGUGUCCGCAGAUCGUGCUGCUCCAUCAGGCUCACUGUGCAGAUCAGGUCUACAUAAGUUCGCCCGCAGAGGUGACAACAGCAUCACAGUGGACAGAGGUGCAUGCAGGGUCAGGAGGUCAGGGGUCAAUGAGCUGUGCAAAAGAGGACCAGAAGAACAAGCCACACAAAGGCAACCCAGGCAAUGACGCCAACCCGGGCAAUGACGCCAACCCGGGCAAUGACGCCAACACGGGGAAUGACGCCAACACGGGCAAUGAAAGCAACCCAGGCAAUGAAGCCAACCCAGGCAAUGAAAGGAACCCAGGCAAUGACGCCAACACGGGCAAUGACGCCAACACGGGCAAUGACGCCAACACGGGGAAUGACGCCAACACGGGCAAUGAAAGCAACCCAGGCAAUGAAGCCAACCCAGGCAAUGAAAGGAACCCAGGCAAUGAUGCCAACCCAGGCAAUGACGCCAACCCGGGCAAUGACGCCAACCCGGGCAAUGACGCCAACACGGGCAAUGAAAGCAACCCAGGCAAUGAAGCCAACCCAGGCAAUGAAAGGAACCCAGGCAAUGACGCCAACCCAGGCAAUGACGCCAACCCAGGCAAUGAAGCCAACCCAGGCAAUGAAAGGAACCCAGGCAAUGACGCCAACCCAGGCAAUGAAGCCAACCCAGGCAAUGACGCCAACCCAGGCAAUGAAAGGAACCCAGGCAAUGACGCCAACCCAGGCAAUGACGCCAACCCAGGCAAUGAAGCCAACCCAGGCAAUGAAAGGAACCCAGGCAAUGACGCCAACCCAGGCAAUGACGCCAACCCAGGCAAUCAAAGGAACCCAGGCAAUGACGCCAACCCAGGCAAUGAAAGGAACCCAGGCAACGACGCCAACCCAGGCAAUGAAAGCAACCCAGGCAAUGAAGCCAACACAGGCAAUGAAGGCAAGACUCCCAAAGAAAACAUCCCAGCCAGUCUUACAGAGGACUGUGAUUUUCCCGGACCUACAGCCUCUUUAGAUGAGGAAGCAGUGAACAAACAUUCCGUUGAGGAAUGUUUUAGUCUCCUAGAGUCUUUCUUUGACCAGCUGCUUCCCACUCAGGAUGAAGACCCCAGGGAGGAGGAGCAUGGAGAGGCUGGGUACCUGAACAUGGAAAACAGUUCCUUCCUGGAGUAUCUGGAUGAGCUGUGCAGAGACGAGGAGUUUGUCAGUAAGGUGGAGUCCAUUGUGAAUAUCGAAGCCCUCAUGUCUCCCCUCUCUGCCAGCCAGGACCUUGAGGAACAAGAGCAAGAGAUGAUCCUGCAGGAGGAGCUGCCUCCAUGUCCUGCAAACAGCGAUCAUUUCUACGGAGAAACACCUACGGUAUCUUCACAGUCACUCUUUUUGGAUGCUCCAGGCUCCCUCUUUGCAAGUAGCCCCAAUAGAAACGGACAAAAUUCAUCCCAGAAUGGAGUUGGGAUCAGCUGCUCCCCCCUCCUGCUCUCAAACCUUUUAGAAGAACCGCCUUCACCCAACUACAACCCUCUGGAUGCCUCCGAUGCUUUUUCUCAAGAUGACUGUUUCGCAUCGAUCCUGCACUGGUUUCCGGACUCGGAUUUUAGAAGCGAUGAUGCACUGAAUUCCAUAUUGUCCUUCUUGGGCAGGAAGGUUCAGACCACAGCUCCACCUGCUCAAUCUCCCUCUUCUCCCUCUGAUUCAGCCAGCAACUCUAGCUCUGCCUACUUUAAUCUCCCAGUUAAAAGCAACUUCUCACACUUUGAAAAGACCCAAGAACUCAACAACCCCAGAGGAGGAGAAACGAAGAGUAACAAGAAGCAGCCAGGCAUGAAUGGUGGAGAGAAAAGUGUGACUACAAACACUCUCGAACAGGAGGUUCAGGCGAGUGAGGAGAAUCAGACCAAACCCAAGACCAACAUUCUCGAAGCGCUCCGUGAGGUCCUUUCAAGAACACGCGGAAUAGAGAAAGACAAGGAGAGGAAAAAACUGCAGAAAAAACAAGGAAAGCAGUCACUUAAGAAAAAGCGGAGCCGGGAAACAAAACUAAUGAGCACUGCAGAGCAGCUUUUGGAGCCGACAAAGAAGAAACAGCUCAAGAGUCCCAACAUGGAGGACGGGAUGCAUGGUGAGCUCACUUUUAUUGUCAGACAUAAGGACAAUGCAAGAGCAUCUGGAUCGCUCCCAAACACGUGCCCUGAAAGCACAAACACCUUUGAAGGGAUUUUUCGCGACACAAUGCCCCAAGUUCAAAAAUCAACCGCGUCAAGCAACGAACCAAGCCUGGAAGCCAGCGCAGACCUCACGGUGAGCCCAGCGAAGAAACGCACUCAGGGAUGGCAGGCCACCGGGAAGAGGGGACGCUCGGGAGAUAACGCAGGGAUGGCAAUGGAGCAACUGGAGCAGAGUCCCACAAAAAAAAGCAGGAAAGGCAGCCCAAAGAGGAAAAGCGAGAGGGCGGCAAAGUCCAAAAGAAGCUAAGAGCAACAGUUUGAAAGAAAAAUAAAUGAGUAAGAGAAAAGUGAUGUUUAUUUGUGACAAACACCUCAGGACACUUAACGUCCAUUUCCUGCUGCAGUUUGAUCUGUUACAGGCGCUUAAGGCGGGAAAACAAACAAGGUUUUGUAAAUGAAUUCACAGUUUAUUUGUCAAAUGUAAACACGGUUCAUUCACACAGAAUAAAUCUUCCAGAGUAUACUUUGUUUUUGCACAUGCCAUUAUCAUUAUUACUAUUAUCCUCAUCAUCAUCAUUAUCCCUUUAACAACACAAAAGUCACUAAAACACAUGAGUGGAAAGGUUAUAAAUACAAAUGACAGUGACUGUACACGAUGAGGAUGAAAAACAGGCAUGGCAGUAAACCCAGGAGGAGCUGUCCUUACACAAACACCUCAGA